AUGGAAAUUACAUGUGAUAAUGAAAAUAGUAAUAAAAAUGAGAAAGAGAAAAAUAUAAUUUCAUCUAGUUAUUCAAAUGAUAAGGAUAAAUCGAUAGAUAGUGUAUUUGAAGAAAGUGAAAUAAUACAAAACAAUACAAAUGAUGAUAAUUCUUUAAUGAAUGAUGACAUAAAAUUUUAUGAUGUUAAUGGUAUAGAUGAUAUGAAAGAAAACGAGGAAAAUGUUUUCCUUUUUAAUGAAGAAGAAUAUUGUGAACAAUUUUUAAUGAGAAGUGAUCAAAAUGUAUCACAAUAUGAAGAAGUAUAUAAUUCUUAUACAGAUGAUGAUUUGGAAAAAUUUUUUGAAGAUAAAGAAAAUAAUGAUAAUUCUAUAAAUAAUAAUUCAGUGGAAAAUAAGAUACAUAUCUUACAAAAUGAUAUAAUAAUAAAUAAAGAUGAUAUGAAAUCUUCAUUUGAAAAUAAUACAUUAAUUUAUAAAGAUAGUCAAUCAUCUUAUAUUGAACAAAAAAAUAAUAUUAUUGGUACAUUCGAAAUAACCAAUAAUAAUAUACAAAAUAAUGAAAAUAGUGAAAGUGAAAAUACAAAUAAAAAUAAUGAUAAUAUUACAUAUAUUAAAAAUGAAAAAAAAUCUUUUGAAGAAAAUUCUGUUCAUAUAAUUGAACAGCAGACUCUAAAUGAAGGUUGUACUGAUACUAGAGAUUUAAGUAAUGAAGAACACACUAUGCUAUCUUUAAAUAGUAUGGAAACGAAUAAUUUUAUAGAUAAUAAACCACAAUGUGAUGAUGAUCACAAAGAGGAUAGCAAAAAUAUGUUUUUGAGUGAAGGAGAACAUGAACAUGUUGCAAAAGGAGAAGUAGAAGGAAAAGAAGAAAUAGAAAGAAAUGAUAAUAAAGAGAAUGAAGAAAAGGGAGACCAUAAAAAUAAUAACACAAAUGAAAACAUAAAUAUAUCACAAGGAGACCAUAAAAAGGAAUGUACUAAUGAUAUGAAUACAGAACAAAAGUAUAUUCUUGAUAAUAAAAAUGAAAUGGAUUAUGAAUCAAGUGAUAAAAAUAUAGAAAAGAGUAAGCUAAUUAAAUGUGAUUUAAAUAAUGUUGAGGAACAGAAUAAUUCCCAAUAUAUUAAUGAAAAAGUAAAAAAUAAUGAAUCUAAUAUUAAUAAUGAUAUACAUAUAAAAGAAGAUAUAAAAAAUAUCGAAUUUGAUUAUGAUGACGAUGAUGAAGAUUUAAAAAGUGAAAAAUUUAAUAAGAAAUUAGAUAUUUUAAAUUAUUUUGAAAAUAAUGAAAAUCAAGAUAAUAUAAAUAAUUCCAAAUUUUUAUUAAAAAAAAAAAAGGUUAAUGAAGAUCAAACAAAUACAUUAUGGUAUAAACAUAAAAGACACUUUUUUAUUUUCACAUUUUCUGGAAAACCUGUAUUUACAAGAUAUGGUAAUGAAGAAAAUUUAACAAGCUUUUUUGGAACCUUAUUGGCUAUUUUAUCUAAAGUUGAAACAUUUAAUUUUAAUGAUAUAAAUAUUGAUAAUAAUAAAUCUAAUAAAAAAACAAAUGGAUUAGCUCCAAAAAAAAAUACAUUAAAAUAUAUUAUUAGUAAUAAUACGAAAGUAGUAUUUUUAGAUAAAGAAGUUUUAUAUCUUGUUUGUAUUUCUAAAGUAAAUGAAAGCAUUAAUUAUAUAAUGAAUAUCCUGAAUUAUAUAUAUUCACAAAUUAUUUCCUUAUUAACAAAAAGUAUUGAUAAAUCAUUUCAAAUUAAACCUUCAUUUGAUAUAAGAUAUUUAUUAGAUGGAGCAGACUUAUUAAUGUGUAAUUUAAUAUCUUCAUGUUCAAGAAAUUUAUAUUCUUUAUUAGAUGGAUUUGAACCUUUACCUUUAAAACCAGAUUAUCGUAAUAAAGUACAUAAUCUUAUAUCCUCUUUUAAAAUCAGCAAUGUCUUACUUUCCUUUUUAAUUAUAGAUGAUAAAAUUAUAGGUUUGUCAUUAUCAAAAUAUACAUUAAAUUCUAUGGAUAUAAUAAUUAUUAUUAAUAUGAUAACAUCUAUGAAAUCAUUUAAAAAUGCGGAAUCAUGGACCCCUAUAUGUUUACCGAUAUACAAUCCAAACUUGUUCUUGUAUGCUUACAUAAAUUAUAUUAAGAAGAAGAUAUGUUGCGUUUAUAUUUGCUCUCAUGCUUCUUCUCGGGAUUUUUUCCAUCUUUCAAGGCAUACAUCCAUGAUUGAAUCGACACUAAUCAGUACCGGUUGCUAUGAUGAAAUAGUAAAGGCAUCAAACAAUGCACCCUUUGCAUUACCACAAAUUCCUGGGAUAGAUAUUAUACACUUAUGUUAUUACAUUCCAUACUUAAAACAAUAUUAUAGUUCGAAAAUUAGUAAUGAUAAAAUAAAAAGAAUAUUCAGGAUAUACCAAAAAUGUGAUGAUAUAAUGAAGGAUUGUAAAUUACCUACACAGAUUUAUAUAGAAAGUGAGUAUGAGAAAUUUUAUUGUAUUAAAACGAACCUUUAUCAUUUAUAUUUAUCUGUUCCUUUCUAUGUAAUAAUUAAUGAUGAAAAUAUUAAUGAAAUUUUAAAAAUUAUUUCAACACAUCAUAAAGAGAUAUUUAUUAAUAACAUAAAACAAAUAACAUCUUGA